GAUGGAUGCUGAAGCACGCCAGCCAGCCUUACCCCAUAGGUAGAGCGAUUUAUGCUUUGAUGAUUUUUUGCCGAAGAGCCAUCCAGCCAGCCAGCCAGACGAGCGCCCAAGUUGGAGCUGGACCUCGUUUCGGUUCCGCCUCAGCAUCAGCAUCAGCUUUUCCCUGCACCUUCUUCAAAGCCAAAGCCAAAGCCAAAGCUCGCCUGUCCCAUCAGCCAGCACCAGCACCAGCGCCGGCAGAAAUCUCGCCUCCUCCCAAAGAAAACCCCAACCGCCGCCCAGCCCCAAGCACAGCCGUUUCACGAUACUUCCAGGUGACUGGAAUCCUCCUGCAGUUGGUGGGGAGUUGUGGUUCUGCUGGUGCUGCUGGUGGUUGCACGGGAUACGCUCUCCGGCCUCCCCUGCCCUUGUCGUCCUGUCCUUUCCUGCCCGGUCCUGUCCUGGUCUGGCCGCCAAGCCCCCAAAGCCUUCCCCGCAUUCCUUGCGAGCCAAUCCGGUCCGUCACACACUCGCACUUGGCCGGCACCGACGACGCACCGUUGUGUUCGGCGACUACCCGAAAUGGACUACGCCUUUGCUUUGUGGACGAGGGGUUGCAACUUGCAGUUCUUGCAGAGAAAGUUCCAUCCGUGAUCCGCCUAGCCGCCACCACCAAGGGGAGGGGGGGAAUUUGCACCCAAGGGAGGAGAUUUUUUUGGAGGGAUGCUGGGAACUUGAACUUGGAACUUGAGUCUUGAGGUAAGGUACUCCUAGGUACCUGCGUGGCCCGUGGCCACUCUCUCCCCCUCCUUCGCCCAAGUCCGAGGACACAGGCUGGAGCAGAGAGCAACGGGCAAAGAGCCGGUACUCUACAUAACUCAUGCACGCAGUCAGUCAGUCAGUCAGUCAGUCACGACGCGUCUCCAUCUAGAGUACUCUAGCGAGAAGAAGAAGAAGAAGAAGAAGAAGAAUCAAUCCGCAAAGCUCAAACUUGGAUGUAG